ACAAGGCGGAGAGAGAGAGAGAGAGAGAGAGAGAGAGAGAGGCGGAGGAGGAGGAGGAAACCCACUUACUGCAUUCGUCGGCCAUGUCGACCCCGACGCCAACCUCCUCCCCCGCACCACCAGCCGGCUCCCCUCCCCAAGCCACCCCCUUGGCGCCGUCCCCGGCCUCCCCUCCGUCGCCCGCCAUCCCGUCCACUCCGCCGCCCUCCCCCGCCAACUCGUCGUUCCCGCCGUCGGCCUCGCCGCCUCCUUCCAGCCCUUCCGGCUCUUCUCCUACUCCGCCGGCGACACCUUCCGCCCCGUCCCCGCCGUUGCCCUCCGGUGGAUCUCCUCCCUCCUCGCCUACUCCUCCGUCACCCGAGACUCCUUUGUCUACCGCGUCACUGCCCUCUUCCCCAUCGCCGUCGUCGAGCUCCGUCUCGACCUCGGUCGUGGUCGGAGUCGCGGUGGGCGGGGUGGUCAUCCUCUUGCUGCUGAGCUUCGCCUGCAUCUGUUGUUGGAAAAAGAAGCGCCGGCCGCGGCGACCGCCGUCCCAUUACUACGGAGCUCCCCCGCCGCUUCCAGCAGAAAAGAAAGAUGAACGGUAUGGCGAGUAUUGGCAACAGAAUGCCCCACCUCUAGCAGAUCAUGUCGUCAAAGUGCCUCCAGGACCUCCUCCUCCUCCACCAUUUGCUUCGCGUCCUCCGCACCCACCAAACCAUGCACUGCCUGCACCUCCUCCACCUAUGAUAAACAGCAGUGGAGGCUCUGGCUCCAAUUAUUCUGGGUCUGAGGUUCCACUGACUCCACCAUCUCCUGGUGUUGCCCUUGGCUUCUCAAAAAGUACCUUCACUUAUGACGAACUGGCUAGGGCGACAGAUGGUUUCUCUGAAGCUAAUCUCCUUGGACAAGGUGGUUUUGGUUAUGUUCACAGAGGAGUGCUUCCCAAUGGCAAGGAGGUUGCAGUCAAACAAUUAAAAACCGGUAGCGGACAGGGCGAGCGUGAAUUCCAGGCAGAGGUUGAGAUCAUUAGUCGUGUGCAUCACAAGCAUCUUGUUUCAUUGGUCGGGUACUGCAUUUCUGGAGGCAGGAGGCUGCUUGUUUAUGAAUUUGUUCCGAACAAUACAUUGGAAUUCCAUUUGCAUGGAAGAGGUCGACCAACUAUGGAAUGGCCUACACGACUGAAAAUUGCACUGGGUUCUGCAAAGGGAUUGGCAUAUCUUCAUGAAGACUGCCACCCUAAGAUUAUUCACCGCGAUAUAAAGGCAGCCAACAUUCUUCUUGAUUACAAAUUUGAGGCAAAGGUUGCAGAUUUUGGGCUUGCGAAGAUUGCUUCUGAUAGUGACACCCAUGUUUCAACAAGAGUUAUGGGGACCUUCGGUUAUCUGGCACCUGAAUAUGCAUCUUCAGGCAAACUCACUGAUAAAUCAGAUGUCUUUUCAUUCGGUGUCAUGCUUCUGGAGAUAAUCACUGGACGGCGUCCUGUUGAUUCAUCCCAAACUUUCAUGGAUGAUAGCUUAGUUGACUGGGCAAGACCACUGCUUACUCGAGCUCUAGAAGAUGGCAACUAUGAUGCCCUUGUUGAUCCAAAAUUGGGAAAGAACUAUAACCCUGAUGAGAUGGCUCGCAUGAUUGCCUGUGCUGCUGUUUGUGUGCGCCACUCAGCACGAAGAAGGCCAAAGAUGAGCCAGGUCAUCCGUGCUUUGGAAGGAGAUGUGUCUCUUGAAGAUUUGAAUGAAGGCAUCAGACCGGGCCAUAGCAGGUUUUACGGUUCAUAUGGCAGCUCUGAUUAUGAUUCUAACCAGUACAACGAGGAUAUGAAGAAGUUCAGGAAAAUGGCACUGACGACUCAAGAGUAUACCGGCGGCGAUCACAGCGCAGAAACCAGCGAGUACGGUCAGAAUCCAUCGUCUUCGAGCACUGAAGGCCGACAGACACAUGAAAUCGAGAUUGGUAAGAAGAAAGACAGCUAUGGUUUUGGCAGCAGCUAGUGAGUGAGAAAGGCCUGAUACUCUUGCCUCUCCGGAGUACUUUUACAGGUUUUUCAUGUAUGCUUGUAGCUUUUUCCUUGGGGUAGUGAUGAAUAGCCAGCUAACUGAUUCUUUAUAUAUAUGUUGCAUUUGUCUCUGAGGUUGAGAUACA